AUGUGUUAUCUUGAUAUCCUUGAUAACCUUCCUCGUUUGCGACUUUCAUCAAGCCAAUUGAAGAUCUUCCUGUGGAUUAUGCGUGCAUGUGGUGCAAAAGAUGCACAGAAGAAGAUCCGAGAAGACUGUAGUGUUCGGGUUCAACCUUCGAAGUCGGAUUUUGGAAAUCUAUUUUAUACUACAGAUAUCCGAGACAUAAUGGCCCGGGAUCUUGCAAACCCUGAAGUUGCACCACUGAUUCAUGUUUAUCCUGAGGAUGUUAAUGGCAGUCCCAUUUCUGAAAUGUGGCAAGUACCAAAGGGUCGAUGGAUGGAACUUCCACUCGAUUUUCUUACCCCAUCCAUUCUGGUUGAUAAUAAACGGCACUAUAUUCAUGAAGUGGCUCAACUGAAGGAUCAUCAGUGGGUAAUUCCUAAGAUGUGGAUCACUCAGGCAGGGGAAAUUUUUGCCAGUUGUCAUGUUGUCAACAAAAAUGAACGGGGUCUGCUCACUGUUAAGAUGGACCAGGUCCGAGUAUCAGUGAAAGAGCUUCAUCUUACAUACAUGGAGCUUGUUGCACUAAAUAAAGGCGAGUUGAUCUUUGAGGAAGCAUUCUCAUCCUUUGCAUCCCAGAUUCCCAACUGUAAUCGGGCUAUCGAUAACGGUGAAGAUUUGUUUACAGUUUGGCUUGCAAUUUGGAUGGACGAUGUGUCGGGUGCACGUUCAAAACAAUACCAGAAGCAUGUCAAUGCCUACGCUCAGAUUUCUAACCUCCCUGGAAAGUUUUUGCAGCAUGAAUACUCUGUUCAUUUUGUUUCCACUUCACCAUUUGCCAGUGCACUGGAGCAAUUUAAACCAAUCGUCAAGCAGCUACAAUCUACUCAUACAGAGCCUGUUCGUUGCUUUAAUGCAUCCACAAAACGGCCAUGCAGUCUCCGGGGUGUGAUACCAGACUGCCCUGCAGAUAAUCCUCAACAGGCUGAGGAAAGUUCACAUAUUGGUGGCAGUGGUAAUUGCAAGUGUCGGUCAUGCCUUGCAGGGGGCGAAAAUGGAUUCCACGCAACAGUCGAAAAUUAUCAUGACUUUUACGAAUGUGGAAAACCUCGUAGUGUUCAAGAAAUUCGUGAUUGUGUGCUGGAGCAAAUCCGACUUGCAACAUAUGGUGUAUCUGCACGCGUUGAAGAGCUUCAGACGAGGACUGGCACAAAAGAUAAAAUUGCACAACGUUGGAUUGACAUUCUCAUCAAGGAAGCCCGUAGACAGCAGGGUGAGAACCCAGAAAAAAGCAAAGAAGAUAUAUCCGAAAUCCUGCUACUGUGGCUUGCCUCGCAGACAGACCAACCUUACAACCCAUUGCUUGAUGUUGAUUUCUUUGAUCCCUCACAAGAUACACUAGUUGAAAUUUUACACACUAUUCUGCUUGGGACCGAGAAAUAUGUUUGGCAUGGUUUACACUCAUCAUGGAGCCCCGAGCAGCAGGACAUCUUCACGGUUCGUCUGCAAAGUACGAAUACUGAUGGUUUGCUUGUCCCACCAAUUCGCGCGGCAUACAUGAUGCAAUAUCGUAAUGGACUCAUUGGAAAACAUUUCAAGACAUUGAUGCAGACUAUGAUAUUUCACGUACAUGGCUUGGUUACCUCCGAACAGAUGACUUUGCUGCGGACCACCGGAGAGCUUGGGGCUUUACUAUGGAUAUCCGAGAUUGCUGAUAUGGAAGAGUACAUCGCAGAUCUGGAGGUUCUCAUCGGAAAUGUUCUGGAUGCAUUUGCCAGUAUCGAUCCCUCAAAAAUUCUAGUCAAAGUUAAGCUCCAUACAAUCAUUCAUAUUCCAUCGAAUAUCCGGCGUCGAGGACCUGGAGCUCGCUUUUCCACUGAGGUCUACGAAUGCUUCAAUGGAAUCUUCCGAAUGUGCUCUGUUUUGAGUAAUCACCAAGCUCCCAGUCGAGAUAUUGCACACAAGUUCUCUGACCUUGAAUGUGUCAAACAUCUUGUUAGUGGAGGUUAUUGGUGCGACAGUGAAGGGAGGUGGGUGCAGGCUGGAAAUGAAGUUCGUUUACUGCUUCGUCAAACUCCAAUUUUCCAGAAGCAUCUUGGAUGGAGUCCAAAGCCAGAGUGGGUCCCUGGGUUCAUUAAGCGGGUCUCGCGUGCAAAAACGGUUUUGAAGUCCCUCUCCGACAUGGAAAUUCCUGGUGCAUAUAAUCCCUGUCACGUCGAUCUCUCUUCAAGCUCGAAGGACUGGACAAAUGGCAUAUACACCACAGCUGUGUCUGGAGAUCAAUGUCGAGUUGGAUCUUUUGGUGUCAUACAAUAUAAAACAUUGCAGUUUGUUGUGAAUGUGCAGCAUGAUUGUCGAGGCUCAAAUUGUCAGGCAUCAGGUACCACAAAGCAAAAGCAAGAACGACAGCAGUUGAAUAUUACGGUCAAAACUAUCCAACAUGUUGACGACCAAAAGUUCAUCAUAAAUACACAUGCGCUCCACAAUGCACAUCAUCUCCGGAGAUUUCUUCCUCGGUAUCUCACAGUACCCCGCCCUCUCUACCCUGAUCGCAAACAAUGGCACAGAGAAUUAGCUGGUAAACUUGUCGUGUCCCAGACGUUCUUCGAGUGCAUGCGCCGCCUGGGCCAAUUUGUUUCUCAAUAUCCUCUUCUGCUUGGCCUCAGCUCGGGCUUCAACAGCUUCAAGCAUGUGUUGCUCAAUAACAACCUGUGUGCGUACUACAGUCUGUUCCCUCGACAUUUCCUGCACCCAUAUAUCAGCAAGAUUUUCUUUGAUGUUCAAGUAGAGUUGGAGGCGGCUCCUGUACCAGCCCGGAGUCCGUUUAUCAGCAGGUGCCGCGAGAAAAGAGUAUGGUGA